UCAUGACGCCGGUGGAACUGGCGGCGACGGAGAGGAGAGGAGAGGAGGGGGGUCUGCUUGUGCCUCUGCUGCUUCUUCCUCUUCCUCUCCUUCUUCCUCGUUGAGGAGGUCCACCGGCGUCCGCUUCGGGAGGGAACUGCGGAGAAGGGAGGGAGUGAGGAAGGAGGGGAGGAGGGAGCCUUGAGACCCGACGGAGCAUCCCGUCCGCCAGUCCCCGAGGGAGCCCCGUCCGGCGCGGCUGGUGCUGAAGGCGUCCGGCCUCGCUCCCCCCUGGGGCCGGCUCUCCCCCCUCGGGGGCCCCAUGGCCGAGGCGCCGGGCCUGUGAGGAGGAGGAGGAGGAGGAGGGGACCAUGCAGAAGGCGCUGCGCCUGAACGAGGGCCACGCGGGGCAGCUGGGCCUGGUGGCCAAGAAGGAGGGCUCCCGCCGGGGCUUCCUGGCCAAGCGCAGCUCCGACAACACCAAAUGGCAGCCCCGCUGGUUCGCCCUCCUCCACAACAUGCUCUUCUACUUCGAGAGCGACGCCAGCGCCAGGCCCGCCGGACUCUACCUCCUGGAGGGCUGCCUCUGCGACCGCGCCCCGGGACCCAAGCCCAAGGACCCCCAGGACAAGCAGCACUACUUCACUGUCAACUUUAACCACGAGAACCAAAAGACGCUGGAGCUGCGGACCGAGGAUUCAAAGGACUGUGAUGAAUGGGUGGCAGCCAUCAGCCACGCAAGCUAUAGGACUCUUGCGACGGAGCACGAAGCCUUAAUGCAGAAGUAUCUCCAUUUACUCCAGAUUGUGGAGACGGAGAAGACGGUUGCCAAGCAACUCAGGCAACAACUUGAAGAUGGAGAAAUAGAGACGGAGCGCCUGAAAUCAGAGAUCGCGGCCUUACUGAAGGACAACGAGCGCAUCCAGUCCAGCCAGACCAGCCCUCCAAAUGAUGACGACGAUGAUAAUGACAUCAAGAAGAUCAAAAAGGUCCAGAGCUUUCUGCGGGGCUGGCUCUGCCGUCGGAAGUGGAAGACCAUCAUCCAGGACUACAUCCGCUCCCCGCAUGCUGACAGCAUGCGCAAGAGAAACCAGGUGGUCUUCAGCAUGCUGGAGGCCGAGGCCGAGUACGUCCAGCAGCUCCACAUCCUGGUCAACAACUUCCUGCGGCCCCUGAGGAUGGCGGCCAGCUCCAAGAAGCCCCCCAUCACCCACGAUGACGUCAGCAGCAUCUUCCUCAACAGCGAAACAAUCAUGUUUUUGCACCAGAUCUUCUACCAGGGCCUGAAAGCACGCAUCUCCAGCUGGCCCACCUUGGUGCUGGCCGACCUCUUUGACAUCCUGCUGCCAAUGCUGAACAUCUAUCAGGAGUUUGUCCGGAACCAUCAGUACAGCCUCCAGAUCCUGGCCCACUGCAAGCAGAACCGGGACUUUGACAAGCUCUUGAAGCACUAUGAGGCGAAGCCUGACUGCGAGGAGCGGACGCUGGAGACCUUCCUGACAUAUCCCAUGUUCCAGAUUCCCAGGUACAUCUUGACGCUGCACGAGCUCUUGGCCCACACGCCCCAUGAACACGUCGAGAGGAACAGUCUGGAUUAUGCCAAGUCCAAGCUGGAAGAGCUUUCCAGGAUCAUGCACGACGAAGUGAGUGAGACUGAAAACAUCCGGAAGAACCUGGCAAUCGAGCGGAUGAUUAUCGAAGGCUGUGAAAUCCUUCUGGACACCAGCCAGACAUUUGUGAGACAAGGUUCCCUGAUCCAAGUGCCAAUGUCCGAGAAGGGGAAGAUCACCCGCGGGCGCCUGGGCUCCCUCUCUCUGCGCAAGGAGGGUGAGCGGCAGUGUUUCCUCUUCUCCAAGCACCUGAUCAUCUGCACCCGAGGCUCUGGGGGGAAGCUGCACCUGACCAAGAAUGGCGUGACCUCCCUCAUCGACUGCACGCUGGUUGAAGACACAGAGAGCACGGACGAGGAUGCAAAAGGAUCUGGUCAAGAUAUUGACCAUCUCGACUUCAAGAUUGUAGUGGAACCAAAAGACAGUCCUUCCUACACCUUGAUCCUGGUGGCCUCCUCCAGGCAAGAAAAGGCUGCUUGGACCAGUGACAUCAGCCAGUGCAUAGACAAUAUCCGAUGCAACGGCCUGAUGAUGAAUGCCUUUGAGGAGAACUCCAAAGUCACUGUUCCCCAAAUGAUCAAGUCCGACACCAGCCUGUACUGCGAUGAUGUGGACAUCCGCUUCAGCAAAACCAUGAACUCCUGCAAAGUGCUGCAGAUCCGCUAUGCGAGCGUGGACCGGCUGCUGGAGAGGCUGACUGACUUGCGCUUCCUCAGCAUUGAUUUCCUCAACACUUUCCUCCAUUCCUACCGGGUCUUCACCACGGCUGUGAUCGUCUUGGACAAGCUUAUCACCAUCUACAAGAAGCCCAUCAGUGCCAUCCCGGCCAGGUCCUUGGAGCUUCUGUUUGCUAACAGCCAGAACACUAAGCUCCUCUACGGUGAGCCCCCCAAGUCUCCACGGGCCAACCGGAAGUUCUCUUCCCCACCGCCGCUGUCCCUGACCAAGUCCUCUUCCCCAAGCCGCCGGAGGAAGCUCUCUCUGAACAUUCCCAUCAUCACGGGGGGCAAGGCCCUGGACUUGGCUGCUCUUAGUUGCUCCUCCAACGGCUACGCCAGCAUGUACUCCUCCUCCAUGUCACCCUUCAGCAAAACCAGCCUUGACAUCAACAAGCUCUACGUCUCUGGCAGUGGCAGUGGAAGCCCUGUCACCACCACCAGCAGCAGCAACUACUCCAGCAAGGCCCCACUGGACGAAGGGGAAGGCACGGCUGAGAGGCCUGAGGACCUUCUCCCCAGCAGCAGGCCAGGUGCAGAUAUGUCCGUCCGGGAAGAAUCUGACGGGGAUCCCAACCAGAGUGACGACGGAGACACAGAGACAUCUCCCAUCAAGUCGCCCACAACUCCCAAACCAGUCAAGAGCAAGAGUUCCUCAGAGUUCCCCUUGUUUGCCUACAAUAACGGGGUGGUCAUGACCUCUUGCCGAGAGCUGGACAGCAGCCGCAGCGCCCUUUCCGCAGCUUCCGCCUUCGCCAUCGCUACCGCAGGAGCCAACGAAGGCACCCCAACCAAAGAGAAGUAUCGCAGGAUGUCCUUGGCCAGUGCAGGUUUCCCUCCUGACCAAAGGAACGGCGACAAAGAGUUUGUGAUCCGAAGGGCGGCCACCAACAGAGUGUUGAACGUCCUCCGGCACUGGGUCUCCAAGCACUCCCAGGAUUUUGAAACAAACGAAGAGCUGAAAAGCAAAGUGAUCAGCUUUCUGGAGGAAGUGAUCCAUGACCCGGAGCUCCUGACGCAAGAGCGAAAAGCCGCCGCCAACAUCAUAAGGACUUUGACUCAGGAUGACCCUGGGGACAACCAGAUCACCUUAGAAGAGAUUUGGCAGAUGGCUACAGGAGUCAAAGCAGAGCCCUUCGAAAGCCACUCGGCCUUAGAGAUCGCGGAGCAGCUCACCUUGCUGGACCACUUGGUCUUCAAGAGCAUCCCCUACGAGGAGUUUUUCGGCCAAGGAUGGAUGAAGACGGAGAAGAACGAGCGGACCCCGUACAUCAUGAGGAACACCAAGCACUUCAACGACGUCAGCAACCUGAUUGCCUCCGAGAUCCUCCGCAACGAGGAGGUCACAGUCCGGGUCAGCACCAUAGAGAAGUGGGUGGCCGUGGCCGACAUCUGCCGCUGCCUCCACAACUACAACGCAGUGCUGGAGAUCACGUCCGCCUUCAACCGCAGCGCCCUUUUCCGCCUCAAGAAGACCUGGCUCAAGGUCUCCAAGCAGACAAAGGCACUCAUUGACAAGCUGCAGCGGCUGGUGUCUUCGGAAGGACGCUUCAAGAACCUACGGGAAGCCCUAAAAAACUGCGACCCACCCUGUGUCCCUUACCUGGGCAUGUACCUGACGGACCUGGCCUUCAUUGAAGAGGGCACCCCAAAUUACACAGAGGAUGGUCUGGUCAACUUCUCCAAGAUGAGGAUGAUUUCCCACAUCAUCCGAGAGAUCAGGCAGUUUCAGCAGACAGCCUACAAAAUCGAGCACCAAGCAAAGGUGACCCAGUACCUCCUGGACCAGUCUUUUGUGAUGGACGAGGAAAGCCUCUACGAAGCAUCCCUGCAGGUUGAGCCCAAGCUGCCCACCUGAGUCCUCGACGCAGCAGCGCAUCUGCGGCCAGACAGCCCUGUGGUGUACACACCUUGUAGCAUAUUGUACAUAAUAGCGGCUCUGUUCUGUUUCUUUCGGGGGUGGGAGGGAGUCCUUGGCUGAGUCUCUACUUCAUCUGUGCUUCUGUAAGAUCUGCCGCCCCAUCGGCCCCCCAUUUGCGACAUCCGCUCCCCAGCCGUUUGUCCUUGGAGACACGUAACACUAUGUAACACUAUGAUUUCCGUUCCUGGGUAAUCAAAUGUCAUUUCCUAAUUGGUUCUAUCAUAAAAACAUGGGGAAAGUUUAUUCAACUGCACAAACUUUGUUUUUGUGGGUGAUACAUUCUGCGACCCAUCUGGCUAUAGUUUCCCAAUCAACAUCUCCUAGUCCAGGCCUGGGCAAACUUUGGCUUUCCCUCCAGGCCAGUUUGGGCCCUCUGGGUGUUUUGGACUCCAACUCCCAUCA